AUGGCAGCCGCAAUCAAAGCGAUCAAUGCGCGCAUUCGCGCCAAUCCGGUGACGGACUACAUCUGCUCAACUCACUUUUGGGGUCCCGCAAGCAAUUUCGGAAUUCCCCUAGCUGCGGUGAUGGAUACUCAGAAGGAUCCCGACUUCAUCUCUGGACCCAUGACUGGCGCACUGGUUCUCUACAGCGCAACCUUCAUGCGCUACGCCUUGGCGGUGUCACCCAAGAACUACCUCCUGUUCGGCUGCCAUCUCGUAAACUUCUCGGCUCAAUCCGCACAGGCAUAUCGUUAUGUCAACUACUGGCACCUCGGAGGUCGGGAAAAAUCUCUCGAACAAACGGCGAAAGACGGGUUAUCAGAUGCCAAGGCUUCAAUUGAGGGCGCGGCGGCGACUGUGAAGGAUAAGGCUCAAGAUUUGGCAAGCCAGGCGAAGGCGCAGGCAGAGAAGAUCACAAAAUGA